AUGCUGUUCCUCGUCGUUCUCACAGGUGCAUUUUUGGCAUGUUCUAUAUACAGCGUAAACGUCGAAUCGACACACUCGGAUGUGCGCGCACGAGCGCGCGACAUCGGUAUCCAGAUCGGUACCAUUCCAACCGGCACACACAAUGCCAUCACCGACGUAGCGGGUGUGAAAGUCGGACACGUCACUCUGAACGAAGGCGAUUCAAUUCGUACGGGUGUUACCGCCAUCCUGCCGAGUGAUGAUAUUUGGACAGCACGCCUGUUCGGCGCGGCACAUGUCAUUCACGGCAACGGUGAAGCAACCGGCAUCGCCCGCAUCAAUCAAGCCGGGUGGAUUGAAUCUCCCAUUUUGCUCACAAAUACACUCAGUAUCGGGGCAGUCCAUGACGGUGUUGUGCGUUACAUUGUGAAACGGUAUCCAGACAACAACAUUGUGCUGCCAAUUGUGGCGGAGUGCUACGAUGGUGGUUUGAACGAUAUCAGCGGACUCCACGUCACAGCACAACAUGCGAUUGAAGCGAUUGAGAACGCCACCGACGGUCCCGUAACCGAAGGAAGCGUUGGCGGCGGCACCGGCAUGCGAUGUUACGGUUUCAAAGCCGGUAUUGGCACCGCUUCUCGCGUUCUACCUGAAGAACGCGGUGGAUGGACAGUAGGUGUCCUUGUUAAUUCCAACGGGGGGCGUCGUUCACAACUCCGAAUUGAUGGCAUCCCUGUCGGUAGGGAAAUUAUCGAGUCCACGCCGAAACCCGGUAGAGAUGGCUCAUUCAUUAUUGUUAUCGCAACGGAUGCCCCACUGACACAUCGUCAAUUGAGGCAGUUAGCGAUUCGCGCUACGCAUGGACUUGCUCGCACAGGUACGCCGAGUACUGACGGUAGUGGUGAAUUCGUCAUCGCGUUUUCCACCGCGAACAUUUUUCCAAGUCGGACCGAAACCGGCACCUUCCAAAUCCAAAUGCUCGUAAACGGACAGCUAAAUUCACUCUUUCAAGCAGUUAUUGAAGCCACAGAGGAGGCUAUCGUCAAUUCCAUGACAAUGGCGACCACAACCACCGGACGCAACGGCAGAACGAUGUACGCUAUUUCGUUGGCGGAACUGCAAAGGGUGAUAAAAGCACACGGACGUUGA